AUGUUAAUUUAUAACGCUUAAAGUAUUAUCUGCUCGACAAUUAUUUUUGUAUACAGAGUUUGUUUGUUUCUUUGUCUUUUUUACAUAAUAAUUUUAUUCAAAACGGACGACUAUCCUUUCUUUAGCAAUGAAAACACUUUUUUAUGUACUACAAGUACAAGGUCGUUUGUCAACAGUGAUGUAUUCAACUGUGGUGUAGAGUGUAAGAUUAAACCUAUUCAGUUCAGUUGUGUAUAUUCAGUAAGUAACUGAUCCAUUGAGGACAAUUUUACAUCAGGUUGAGAGCUUGCAUCAUGUCGAUGAUAGCAGAUCUAAAGUCUCUUAUAGAAAAUGAGGUACCAGAAGGAUUACAAAGUCUUCAAGACAGUCAUAUUAAUUUAGAAAAAGUUGCACAUUAUUGUGAAGACAACUAUUUUCACACUGAUAACAAACGUCAAGCAUUAGAGGAAACGAAGAAUUUUACAACACAGUCCUUGGCUAGUGUAGCUUACCAGAUUAAUACUCUAGCCUAUAAUCUACUUCAUAUGCUAGACAUGCAGACAUCACAGCUGGCUGAAAUGGAGUCUCAGAUUAACCACAUUUCACAGACAGUAAUGAUUCACAAGGAAAAAGUUGCACGUCGAGAGAUUGGAAUCCUGACUACUAAUAAAAGUACAACUCGCCAACAUAAAAUUCUAGCGCCUGCUAAUCCUGAACGCCCAAUUAAAUAUACUCGUAAACCAAUAGACUUCAGUGUCUUGGAUGAUGUUGGUCAUGGAGUACGAACUACUUCAAGCAACCCCCGUUUAAAGCGUGCUGCUUCACAAGUUGUACCAGGACAUAUAAAUCCUAGUAGUGCAGGACCUGCUCCAACUACUAAACCCCCAACACCACCUCAACCAGUACGAGCCACAAGUGGAAGUGGAGGAAGUCUUUCUCGUGGAAAUCGUGAAUAUCGAACACCAGCUCCACCUAUAGCUCCACCACAAGUUCCCAGCAAUUAUGCACCAAAUUUUCCUAUUGGCCACCCAAGAGCACAGGAAACAAGAAGAGGUAGUGGUUAUUCCACCCUUCCUGCAGUGGGCAACCAACCUCAGUCCUUAUCCAACAUUUCUGCACAACAACCUCAAGUAGGUAUGGUUCAUCCAAUGUCACACCUUCAACAGAAUCUGGGCUCCAUGGGUCCUUCCUCUCCUACUCCUCCACCUCCACCCAUGCCAGAUGUAUCAAUGACGUUAUCAACUGAUAGUCUCCCUGAGCCCCCACCCCACCUGACCUCCAGGGAUUACUCAGGAAAUGUGUCUCCCCCACUUCCCCCACCACCACCUGAACAUGAAGGAAUAUACCCUGGAGGUUACAUACCACCUUCACCUCCAGCAUUUUUGCAACCUCAAAGAAGUUCAGCUGAUCCAGACUGGGCACCUAAGACUUACAUAGAAAAAGUUAUUGCUAUCUAUGAUUAUAUGGCAGACAAAGAUGAUGAGCUGUCCUUUACUGAAAAUGCUUUGAUUUAUGUAAUUAAAAAGAAUGAUGAUGGAUGGUAUGAAGGAAUUUGUGAUGGAAUUACAGGUCUGUUUCCUGGAAACUAUGUGGAACCAUGUUUGUAAAUUAACUAAAGCAUUUCCUCAAAGUCAGUAUCCUAAAAAGAUUACAACUUUUUUGUACACUUGCCUAAUAAUAUUGUCAAGUAAUUUCCAUUGAUAAUUUUUUUCUAGUGUUCUUCAGUCUCAGGAAGAUAAUAUGUAUGUACUGUAAUAUUAUUCUUCGAGAGUAUUAGAAUCACUGUAGAUACACAUACUGUCCUCUUUGUGGUUAAAUGAUUUCCAAAUUGUCGCUGACAUUUCAGAGUUGGGAAUAUUAGGUGUAUGAUGAUUUUAUUCUUCUAAUUUCUUUUUUUCUGGUUUCUACUGAACUUCAAUACAUAUGAAAGUUAUUAAACCUUUGCCUUUGAUUGUCAUGCCAUUUUUUUGAUAAACAAAACAAUAUACAAGUCAUACAAACGGUAUAGACCAUCCAAACAGUAAGAGCCUUUAAAUUAUCUAAUUCUGAUAUGACUGUUAGUAAACACAUUUCAUUCUAAACAUCUCAGACAAGAAAUUCGUUUUUACACAGUUCUAAUUGUGUUUAUCAUAUUUUAGAAUUCUUGAAAAUAUUAUUUACUGAAAGAGUUUUUCUUAAAUAUUGAGACUCAGUCUACUAAAAGUGGUGUAUCAUUGUAAACAUGAUCUUUUACACUUCUAUGUUGGUAUAACUACUAAAGUAACUGUGUGUGGUGAGGUCUAACUAUUUGUUAACCUGUAAUAAAAUAGAAAUAAUAUAUAUGUGUGUGUAUUUAUAAUUUAUCAUUCACCUUGAUGAGGUUCUUCUUGGAAGGAAAUCUGUCGAAGCAAAGAUGGCAAGUUGGAAUAAAAAGUAUGAAAGUGUUUCUGUAUAACAUUCUUAUAGAGAAUGAUCAGUUUAGAAUUUUUAACUGAUUUGUGUAAAAUAUGUUGUAGUUCAUUUGUUUAAUAACACCUUAAAAGUGUAACAUUUAAAACAAAAGUUAAAUUGCAUAAAAAAUCAUUGCUGUUUUAGAGUUUUGUGUAAUAGUAGUUUAAAGUGAUUCAUGGAAACAAAGAAAGAUAGCAAUAAAAGUAUUUUCGGUCAUUACAAUAUCAGCUAGUUCUGUUAGCAAGAAAAUACUAUUUAAAAAUGUUUUUGUUUCUGUUUUAUAAUUACUUGGAAACUAAGUUUGUUUUUUUCAGCAUAGAACUCAUGAUAAUAAACAAUAACCCAUUAAAAUGUUUGAGGAAAAGAUAAGCCAGAUAACUUUUAUUACAGUUUCUGUUUCUUUAGAAAAAUGUGGAGGGUUUGUGGGAAUUCUUUGAAUAAGGUAUGUUCAUAAAGUCGCAUGUACAGGCUUGUGAACAUUCAGUAACGAGUAGUCACAUAAAGUUGUAUUGAGCAUGAACUUAACUUUGAUUGGUACUGCGAUGAUUUUGUGCUUCAAGACAAUCUUAUUUAUUGUACUAUUCUUCAUGCAUAUGGAGUUGAAUAAUGCAUCCUGUAUUAGUUAAAGUACACUGUAACAAUGUAUGGUAAGAUUAGAGUGUCAUCAAAAAUGAAAAGUUAGUUUGAAACUACUUGUUCUUGCAAGUGUUAUUUUGAGCACUCUAAACUGAUCUAAUUAGAAGUACUUUCAGUACUAAUACGAUUUAAAAGGUACAAAAUUUUUUGCUUACCAGUUUUUAACUUAAAGAAUUAGAAGAAUUUCACAAUUAUGUAUUUUACACAGGCAAUUAAAAUCUUUCAUUAACUGCUGUAAUUAUUAAGUGGAUUUAUUACCCCUAUCAUGGGGACCAAAUACAAUUCUUCUGACCUUUUUGUUUUUUUAAACAGUCAUUUAAUGUGUGGCAUUUAUGUGUAGCUACCAACCCUUUUGUAAUUUAUUACAUAAAAAAAAUCAGAUAAUUUUCUUAUCAUUUGAUUUAUUACACUUACUCUUAAGUAGCAUUUGAAUUAAAAGGACUUGAGCAUAUUUUUGUGACCUGCUUAAACUGUAGAUGUGUUUAUAUUUUGUGUCUAAAGAAUAUGAUAGAAACUGCAGAAAGCACUUGAAGUCAGUGUUGUAACCUAUUUGAAUAUUGCUGUAUUUAAAAUGAAAUAUUACAAAGUUAUAGAAAAUUGUUUAUUCUGUAUUAAUUAAAAUUUUUUAUGAAUUUAUUUGUUUUUUUCCCACAAACUCCUCCCACAGUUUUGGAACUAGUAGGACAAAAUUUGGAAGAUGGGCUUGUGGUGACCCAGAGAGUGUUAUUAUCCAUAUGGCAUAGCCGCCUUGAGGCUAAAACAUGCCUGAAAUGUCACUUGGGUAUGGUGGGCAUCAUCAAACUUGGGGUUCCUGUUCUCCUUCCAGAUGUCAGAGAUGCCAUGUUUGAAACUGUUUACCCCCCUCCCACCCACCCGCACACAAACUAAUGGGACCAAACAUGGCAAGCAUGCUCAGGUACCAUGAUCAGGUGUACUAACAGAGUUUUGUUUUCAAGUGUAGACCACCCCUCCCUUGGGGAACCAUAGAAAUAUUUGGGGAUAAUGAAGGAGUUUGAUCAUUAUUUGGAGCCUUUAAACCCUUCAGUUUGAACCCUUAUAUGUUAUAAGUAGUAAUUCUUCACUUAAACAAUAUAAAAUGUCUUAAGAUGUGUUGUAUAUAGUAAUGAAACUUGAGUUUUUAUUUAGAUUUUUUUAUAGUAAUACUUUUUUA